AUGGGUAGGGCCAGCUGUAAAGCCAAGAAGAUGCUCUUUGGACAAAAGGAGCGCAGUACAAGGGGCAAUAAGGAGCAAUGUUGCAGUAAGGACUCAGAUGAGGAUGAGUACCACUAUGUGGAAGACAAGGAGGAAGCUCUGUCUGUACACAUCCGGCCAGCAAGACCGUUCACCUGCGACUCAGACUAUGCUGACAGAAGAUAUUACAGGUCCCCAUCACCACAGUUGUGUUCUCCAGAAGUGGCUAAGAGCCCGGACACCCCUCCCAGACUCCCCACACGAAAUAUUCCAGGGCCGUCAGUAAACCGGGAUCUGAAGCCAGGCAAAAAGCAAAGCCUUCAGCUCAGAAUGAAAAGAGAAACCCCUCCCCUCUUUUCAUCUUUCUCCCAAGACCUGGAAUUCUGCAAGGUCAAGGACUCACGGUCAUUGCAGAACCCGUCACAUCAUUCACCAGCAGGGGAAAACCACAAAGGCAAGCAGCGCCAUCAUGAAUGGCCGCAGACCAGAGGAGACAUGAACAAUUACCGACACGUGGCCAAACCCAGGCCGCCCCAGACGUCAGACAAUCGGAACUGGUACAUAGGUGCGUGUGAAAGAGUGGAUGCUGAGCAUGCUUUGCACUUAAUGAAUAAGGAUGGAGCAUUCCUUGUGCGGGAUCACUCCAAGUGCACAGUGAAGGAGCCCUUUGUCUUAUCGUUGUUUUACAGUAACAGAGUUUUCAACAUUAAAAUUCGUUUUAUAGAGAGCAUUCACAAGUAUGCCCUCGGGACCGGAUUGAGGACAAAUGAUGUGUUUGACUCUGUGGAUGAAAUCAUCAAAUUCCACAUGAUAUUUCCAAUAGUCCUAAUCAAUGGAAAGGAUCAAUCAGUACAAAGGAGAUGCACACUGACACAUCCCCUCACUAAGGAAGACUUUGAUCAAAUAUUAGGUUAG